AUGCUGGUGUCUUCACAUGGUCCACCAUUAGAGCGUGACAAUGAGGAUAUCACUAUGGGGAGGAAGAUGGGAGCUAAGUGGUGCAGUAUGGCUAAAGUUUGCAAUCACGACAGAAUACCAAUAUGCGGUAUCAGCCACGCUGGGGACGUUGUGGGCUUCAGGGACUUGUGUGAUAUGUUCGAUUAUAAUUGCAUUAGAAGAAGAAAUUACAAGCAAACUGCCUGCCCAGAGGACAAGUCAAUUCUCACCGUCUCGCGUCGGCCUACCAACAGUUUCUACGACGAC